GGGACACCGCAGAAGGAUGUUGUGAUAAAACCCGAUGCCCCAAGCACGUUGCUCUCGGAGAAACACGCGGACUAUAUAGCUUCGUAUGGAACAAAGAAAGAUGAUUAUGAAUACUGUAUGUCGGAGUAUUUGAGGAUGAGUGGUGUUUACUGGGGGCUGACAGCAAUGGAUCUCAUGGGGCAGCUGCACCGAAUGAACAAAGAAGAAAUUCUGGAAUUCAUCGAAUCAUGUCAACAUGAAUGUGGUGGAAUAAGUGCCAGCACAGGUCAUGAUCCUCAUCUCCUCUAUACCCUCAGUGCUGUCCAGAUUCUUAUCUUGUAUGAUAGUCUACAUGUUGUUGAUGUAAAUAAAAUUGUUGAAUAUAUACAGAGCUUGCAAAAAGAAGAUGGAUCAUUUGCUGGAGACAAAUGGGGAGAAAUAGAUACAAGGUUCUCCUUCUGUGCUGCAGCAACUCUUGCACUUCUGGGAAGGCUGGAUGCUAUUGAUGUGGGAAAAGCAGUAGAAUUCGUUUUGUCCUGUAUGAACUUUGAUGGAGGAUUUGGUUGUAGACCAGGUUCCGAAUCGCAUGCAGGACAGAUCUAUUGUUGCACAGGAUUCCUGGCUAUAACAGACCAGUUGCAUCAAAUAAAUGUUGACUUGCUGGGUUGGUGGCUUUGUGAGCGUCAGUUACCUUCCGGAGGUCUCAAUGGACGACCAGAGAAGUUACCUGAUGUAUGUUAUUCAUGGUGGGUGCUAGCAUCUUUGAAGAUGAUUGGUAGAUUACACUGGAUUGACAGAGAGAAGCUGCGCUGCUUUAUUUUGGCUUGCCAGGAUGAGGAGACGGGAGGAUUUGCUGACAGACCAGGAGAUAUGGUGGAUCCAUUUCACACCCUGUUUGGAAUUGCUGGACUAUCUUUAUUAGGAGAAGAACAAAUCAAGGCAGUCAAUCCUGUCUUUUGUAUGCCAGAAGAUGUCCUUCAAAGAAUAAAUGUACAGCCUGAGCUUGUAAACUAAGCCUUGUAGAGACAAAAGGUUGAUAUGUCCACUUGCUUUGGUUUUUACUGAUUUUAAGCAAUCUCAUCUCUGAAACUGUUAGCAUAUUCUUCUUUGAGAUGUUUACAUUGCAAACGUAAAGCAAUAGCUUUACUGUCAGCUUUGUCACUUCAUAAACUGUAUCAGAACAGGCCGCUUCUAAUGAUCUGAGUGUAACAUGUUCUUUGGUUGUAUAUAAGAGAUGUAGAAACACUUCUAUUGUGUAUCUAAAUAUGUGGGG